AUGAUGAUGGAUGAAGAAAUGGAAUAAUAAAAUAGUAUACAGGUAGAUAUAGAUAUAAUUAUAAAGUAAAUGACUUUGAAAUGGAUAGAGUUUGAUAAGAAAAUAGAUUAAUAGAAAAGAGUUACAAGCAUUAAUGGAUGA